CCUAAAUCUAACAAGUGAUUACUUUGUGUUUUUGCAUCACUUGGUAAUUUUCAGAUUUCAACUAAUUUACCGUAAUGAAGAACAGUUUUUGAAAGGUAAUAUAUUGGGUUUAUUUAACAGGUAUAUACAGUUUGUAGCUAAACAUUUCAGGGUUUUGUUAUCAUAGUUAUAUUCACAUUUUGGAAUAGCGACCGUUUACAUUGCAUGGAUUAAAGAAGAGUGCCUCUAGUUUGGCUCUUUUAAAUACCAGAGAUAUACUUUGGUCCUUACUGGACCUCUAGGAAGAAGAGUUUAAAACUGAUAGAGCUAUCCAGUGUAAAUAAAGUUAGUUUAGUUUAGGUUUCCUUCUGUAGUAAUACUGGAUCAAUAAGAGAUGAUUCUUACUGGACCUCUAGGAAGAACAGUUUAGAACUGAUAGAGCUAUCCAGUAUAAACAAAGUUAGUUUAGUUUAGGUUUUCUCCUGUAGUAACACUGGAUCAAUAAGAGAUGAUCCUUACUAGACCUCUAGGAAGAACAGUUUAGAAGUGACAGAGCUAUCCAGUAUAAAUAAAGUUAGUUUAGUUUAGGUUUCCUCCUGUAGUAGCACUGGAUCAAUAAGAGAUGAGCUUUACUGGACCUCUAGAGAGAACAGUUUAGAACUGAAGUUAGUUUUUUGCCUAUCAAACAAUUCUGAUAAUUGCUAUAUUUAUUUUUCAGGUUUAGUAUCUCUAUGAAAAUAAUCUUAGUGUAAAAUUCUGAAGCAUGAGCAGCAUGAGCAGUGCACCGAGUUCACCAGAGAAGCCCCGGAAACUACUUCGGUGGACGGACAGCUCCGAGCUCGAAGAUCUUCCCAGAGAACGACCGAGCACAGAUAACACUGCAGAUGGGCCUGGAUCAGACACCACCGGACCUUCAAAACGCGAGGACAGGUACGGAGCAAAAAUGCAACGCCUGAAGGACAAUGUUGAACAACUCCGAAAAGAUCUACAGUGCAAAGAACGAGAUUAUAUUCGCUUGAAAAAUAAAUAUAAUGUAUCCAAACGGCGCCAAGCGCAAUUGCAAGAAGAUUUACAGAAAUACACUGAAGAUAAGCUCGAUUUGGACUCGGACGUAGAGUUCCUUCGUCUUCAAUUAGUUGAAAAAGACAAGCAACUCUCAAAACACACCGGCGGUCAUUUUGAAAAAGGCGAAACUGUUGGCGGCCAUCUUGGAAGUGCCGGGUGUUUUCAAAAUGGUGGUGCCGUAGAGAAUUAUGGGAUUGAUGACGUCGAAGAAAGCUAUUUUACCGAAGAUUCGAUUCUGGGUGGAAAAUAUUUAAGUCUCCACAAAGACACACGAAAGCUUUUGACGUACAUUUUGUUGAGUGCUGCUAUAUGUUGUAGUCUAAUAACCAUUGUCACACGCUCGGCUUUUUUGUCAACAAUUGCCGUGGGGCUAUGGACUUUAGGUCUGUGCUGUCUUUGGCUUGAACGAAAGCAAUUAUUCAGAGUAUUUAAGCUCAAAUAUUUAAAGAAAAUUCGUGAAGUUUCUAUGGAAAAUUCCCGUCUUAGAGUGGAAGCAUCGAAAGUGGAAUCCCGACUCAACGAGCUCGGUAAUGAAUUGACCAAUGAGAAGCGAGAACGAGACGAACUCCUGUCGAAGUUUAGAGCGGCGAGCGGCAAAUUAGCCGAAGAAAUGUCAAAGAACGAAGAAUUGGUGAAGCUUGAGAAAAGUACCUUUGAAGAGCUGCAAGGCGAGAGAGUUCGACGACGGCGCGCCGAGGAACAACUUGAAGAGGUCUCGGCACAAGUCUUGGCAGCCCAGGAAAAAAAUGAGGUAGGAAUGACGUCAUUUGAUUGCCUAGACCAUCAUUUCAAUGGUUAGACUGAUGUGCUUUUGUGUCCGAAAAACCACGACAGCUUAUUGUAGAUACUACUUACACUGGACCACCACGUUUGAGAUAUCUUUUUCAGGUAGUUCAAACACAAACCACGACAGCUUAUUGUAGAAUACUACCUGCACUGGACCACCACGUUUGAGGUAUCUUUUUCAGGUAGUUCAGACACAAACCACGACAGCUUAUUGUAGAAUACUACCUACACUGGACCACCACGUUUGAGAUAUCUUUUUCAGGUAGUUCAGACACAAACCACGGCAGCUUAUUGUAGAAUACUAUCUACACUGGAUCACCACGUUUGAGAUAUCUUUUUCAGGUAGUUCAGACACAAACCACGACAGCUUAUUGUAGAAUACUACCUACACUGAACCACCACGUUUGAGAUAUGUUUCUCAGGCUGUUCAGACACAAACUACUGGCCGCUAAAUCAAUUCACGAAUCAUUUUCUUAGGUUGCAAACUGUGGUGAUGUUUGUCAGGAGUUGCGAAACAACUUAAAAUUGGAAAGAGAAUCAAAGGAAAAACUGAGCAGAGAAAAUGAGAGGUUGAUUAAAGAAAUAGUUGAAAUAAACAUGAGACAAGAAAAAGAGCGAUUGAAACAGGAAAGCGAUCUAACAUGUAUGUACUUUAUUUUUAAACUGUUCUUCCUAGAGUCAUCUCUUAUUGAUCCGGUGUUACUGCAGGAGGAAAACUAAACUAACUUUAUUUACACUGGAUAGCUCUAUCAGUUCUAAACUGUUCUUCCUAGAGGUCCAGUAAGGAUCAUCUCUUAUUGAUCCAGUGUUACCACAGAAGGAAACUUAAACUAAAUUAACUUUAUUUAUACUGGAUAGCUCUAUCAGUUCUGAACUGUUCUCCCUAGAGGUCGAGUAAGGAUCAUCUCUUAUUGAUCCAGUGUUACCACAGAAGGAAACUUAAACUAAAUUAACUUUAUUUAUACUGGAUAGCUCUAUCAGUUCUAAACUGUUCUCCCUAGAGGUCCAGUAAGGAUCAUCUCUUAUUGAUCCAGUGUUACUACAGGAGGAAACCUAAACUAAACUAGCUUUAUUUAUAUUGGAUAGUUCUAUCAGUUCUAAACUGUUAUGUCUUCGUUCAGUGACAUCUCCAGAUGUCUUUUUUUAUUGUUUAUAUUUUGUCUUGGGAUAUACUGUUGUGGAUAAUGCAUUUGAUUUUUUUUUACAGCUGGGGCAAGAAAUGACGUAGUUGACAAAACAGACGAGCAGAUAUCCGUGGAAGUUAUUGAUCAAGUCGCUGGCAAGGUAGACGAGAAUAAUUUAAGAUACACAAACGAAAAAAUGGAAGAAGAUGGUCAAAAGCGUGCAAGAGAGGGCGACAGAGGAAUGAAUGAGGAAACAAAAAAUAAUGAAACAGAAGAAUCACAGGAAAAAGCGAUAAUUUCCAACGAAGAUGUCAGCAAUUUCGAUUCAAAAGAAUGCGAAUCCAUGAAUAUUUGCAACACUGAACCAGCCACCGACUUAAACAAUUCUCAAAGCAUCGAAAACGUAUUCCAAAAUGCACCUCUGACCCAGAAUCCUUCCAGUUCCAAUGGCCAAAAUUCUACUGAAAGCAAAGACUGCUGGCUUUGCGCGUGGAAUAUCCCGAACGAAACUAGUUUGGCUUUGUUGAUUAUUAUUGUAGCCUGUUUGGUAUUAGUUUUGAAAGUAGUGUUGUCUAAUAAUGUCUACAUGUUUGUGAUUUUGAUGGCGCUGGUAGGUUGUUUUACAUAUUAUCAAGUCGCAAGAAAUAUCGAGCAUUCAAAUUAAACAACUCGUAUUAUUCAUUGUAUCUUCUGCUAAAAUGGACAAUUCGCUUUGCCUUUGAACCCCAAUGAAAUUAGCAUAUUAUUGACUAUAGUGUAUUCUAUACCUUUAUAAGAUGCAUGUCUAUAUUGAAGUCAUAGUUAGCUAUACUCUAGUCUAUUUAUUUCUAAUCACUAUUUUAUUAUUAUUUGUUCCUAUUUCUUUACAAGUACGGAGCUAGGAAAACAGUUAAUAUGUAUGUACAAUAAAGUAUUGUCGAUAUUUACAUUAUUAUUAAUAAAGAAUAUUGACGUUGACAACAGGACAAGGGUCUCGUAAGAGUCAACAGGAUUUCAAUUGUUCUGAAUAACAUUCGUUAUAUGUGCAAAGGACUUUUAAAAAUCUUUCUUUAGUUUUAAUCUAAAUAAAGCUAGUUCACAUUUGAUUGUGCAGUGUUAAGUUUUAUCUACAUUAUACGGAAACCUUUUCUGAAACUUUAAGGGUAUCCUCCGUGGUAACACUGGAUCAAUACAAGAUGAUGUUACUGCACCUCUAGGGAGAACAGUUUAGAACUGAUAGAGUUAUCCAGUAUAAAUAAAGUUAGUUUAGUUUAGGUUUCCUCCUGUAAUAACACUGGAUCAACAAGAGAUGACUCUUACCAGACCUCUAGGCAGAACAGUUUAGAACUGAUAUAGCUAUCCACUAUCAAUAAAGUUAGUUUAGUUUAGGUUUCCUUCUGUAGUAACACUGGAUCGGUACGAGAU